UUUGAUUUUGUUUCUCAGUCUUUGCUGCGAAACUUUUAGUCUACAAGUGUCCCUUUGAGCCACCAGGGUGUAAGAAUCUACUGGCCCAAAAUGACAACAGAAUUAGUAACUUCAAUAGCCAGGACAUACGUAGGCACUAAUGUGUACAUGGCACCAGAAAGAUUAGAGGGUAAUGGCUAUAGUAUUCACUCAGAGGUGUGGAGUUUUGGGCUAUCUUUAUGUGAGUUAGCUGUAGGCAGGUUUCCUUAUAAAGCACCAGACCAUUCAAAUUCGGCAAUUGGGCUAUUAAAUACAAUUGUGAAAGAGCCUCCACCUAGACUUCCAGAUGGCAUCUUUUCAGAGGGAUUUAUAGAUUUUGUUGCUUUGUGUAUGCAGAAAGAUCCAACCAUAAGGCCUGCACCAAGAGACCUUCUGCAACAUCCAUUCAUAGUAAAAAAUGAUGAUGGUAACACAGAAAUAAUAGCAGCUUGGGUUGGUGCUAAACUUCAGCAAAUCCAGCUACGGAGAAUUGCUCAUGCAACAAGCAGUGCAUAAGUUAUCAUCCAAAGAGUGGCAAGAAGGCCCAAAUACGCAGAUGUAACAUCUUAACAAAACAAGUGAUUGGCACUCAGUAUUGGUGGCAAAGCACAUCACUUACAAGAAUGUUUCAGAACACAUGGAGAAAAGUGGACUAUUUAUGAGUUGCAGAAUCAUUUGCAAAACUUCCAAGGGCUAUGUGAGAAACUGAUGUUUCUGGGAAAAAUGUAGCUUCAUGAAGAGGUUCUGCUUUUACUAUUACAGUUGCAUUAGACAUUCUACAUAGGUGCAUGAGUAAUAAUUUCGUCGUGUUGACAAUAAUGACUGUGAUAUUUAUUUUUGGGUGAACAGUGAAACACUGGAUACAUUAAUUUUUAUGACAUAAACUAAUACUUUAUGAAUUAGAUUUAAGAUUUAAACCAACAUCAGGAAUAUAAUGCUGGCCUAUGGUGAAAACUGCCUUUAACAGGAUUAUCAUAACGGGGAAUCGAUGUAGUUCAGUGAUGCACACUGACAUUUUUUCCAGUUACAAAUACUUACCUUUUUGCAAGAAUUUAAAAGGUUUUGUCACAAACUUGACAAAUAUUGGAAUCUGAAAUUUACUGUUUAAAGCACAGUAAUUGCUUCGUAAUCAUACUACUUUAUUAUUUUGUGUUAUAUUCAAGACCUUUCUGCAAACAUUUUACCCACAUUAGAGACAGUGGUCAAUAAACGGGAAAUGCAUGUUAUAUAAAGGCAGUGUCUGUAGAGAAAUUUUAGGUCACAGAACGCAUUUUCUAUUAUGCCAAGAAAUUGAGUAUUGUUCUGAGAAGUUGGUCAGUUGUCAACAAAUUAAUGAAUGCUACUUGUACAAUAGUCCUGCUUCGAAGUUGUUUAAUUAUGUUCUUGGUUUUUGUUUUAAAGGGACCCAUAUGAUUUUUUAUCUCUACUUACAAUUUACUCACUGAAACCUCUGGCUCAUAACUUAAAUUAUACCUAGAUGUGAAGGAAUGAUUUUCAUAGCAGUUUCUAUGUGUAAACACGAGAUUAAACAAAAAUUGAAUAGGCCAGGUCUUUGAGAAAAGAGUGUACUGGCAUCAUAAUACAUACUUUGGUAAACAGGAAUUGAUUAGAAUUAAGCUGAUGUGGUAAGCAAAAAGUGAAUUACUGAUUGUGCCCUAUUAUCUACAAGUAUGCUUCAUACCUACAUCACUGAUCACAAAAUAUAAAUGUGCCUAAAACUAUUCUUAUGAUUUCAAAAAAAUAAAUUAUUUUUCAUUUAAAAUGAAAUAGCAUUUUUCCUAUGAUAAAACAGCACAUGGUUUUUGUUUGUAUGUUUUAUGAAUGAUACUAGUACUGUAUGAAGGAUACUAGUAGUCCAAUUAUUGCCCAGGGAUUGAACAUGUUUAUCGAGACAUUUAUGUAGGUCAAUACCUAGUUGGCUAAGCUUGAACAGCAGGGUUUAUUGCCAUAUCUCAUUCAGCAAUGAGUCGAAACUUAAAAAGCUCAUAAAAGUGACUAUCACGUGCAUAUUGAUUUGGUUAGCAACUACAUUUACAAUAAGCAAAUAAAGAGACUUGUUUGAACCUGUAUUGGAAAGUUAAGGCUGCCACAAAGUCAAUACACAUUUUAAGGUGUAUGAAUUUUUGGUGUAAGAAGACAAUGAAAAAUACAGCCUUUUCCAAAAGAUGUUGGAGGAUGGUAUCUCAGACGAAAUCUAGCUGGCUAGACCUGAUCAACAUAGUGAUAUCAAGAGCGAUUUUACAGAUAAGACUUAAGUCAACUUUCAGUGUAAUCUAGCUCAUAAACGAGUUGUAACUUAGAAACAUGUAAGCUCCAAGGUAUUUAUAUUUUAAUGGUUUUAUAGCAUAUUAAACUAAAAUCAUAACCUUGGGAUGCAGAUGUACAGGAAUGUUGUUUUAGUAAUGGCAAGCAAUUGGCUACAUUGACUGAACUUUGAUCUAAAGUCAUACUGGUUAUGACUGUAGAAACUUAAACACACAAAAAUUGGUUAGUUUUCAUCACACUAAACCAAGUGGCAGUUAAUUUGAAGGAUACUGUCUUAAUUACUGUUAUAAUGAUAUACGGAAUUAACAAAUUAUAACUAGUAGUAGAGCAUGUUGAUUUAAAUACAAACAUGGUGGACAGGCCCGUAGCCAGCAAUUUCAAAA